UAUGAAAUGAAAUAUCCAAUGAAAUGAUCGUUUCAUCGGAGUUGACGUUGGUCGACGUCAAGAUAUUUGAUUUUGUUGGAUAUGAGCAAUAUAUUUAUUAUUUUACAAAAAGUAGAAUUUAAAAUAAGCUUUCGCUAAUUGUUACUUAUUGGAAUAAAUUGUUUUUGUUAGUCGUUGUUGUAUAGAAGAAAUUAGAAAUAAUGAGGUUGCCAUUCUGAAACUGGAUACAGCAAGUGUAGUAUGGUGGACCUUUAAUUCGAAUAAUACAUAUUAUACUUGACUCAAUUUGACUUUCGGUGACACAAAUAAUGGCCAGUCCACGGACUCGAAGAGUUUUAAGUGAACUUAAACCUAAGGAUGAAAAUAAUAGAUGCUUUGAAUGUGGUACACAUAAUCCUCAAUGGGUUUCUGUUACAUAUGGUAUAUGGAUUUGUCUUGAAUGUUCAGGCAAACACAGGGGACUAGGUGUCCAUUUGUCAUUUGUUCGAUCAAUUUCUAUGGAUAAAUGGAAAGAUUUAGAAUUGGAAAAAAUGAAAGUUGGUGGAAAUAAAAAUGCUCGUGAAUUCUUUGAAUCACAGCCAGAUUGGGACGAUAGUAUGUCUAUAUCACAAAAGUAUAAUACAAAAGCAGCAGCAUUAUAUAGAGAUAAGAUUGCAGCAUUAGCUCGUGGACAAAAUUGGAGUCCCACUAACUCUACAGCUAAAGAUUUCCAGCCUUCAACAUAUUCAGGAAGCCAACAAGAUUAUACAUCAUAUCAAAGUGAUGUGUCGAGUUCUUAUCAAAAUUUUAAUUCAAACAUUUGUAAAUCUCAAACAGAAGCCUUCUUUGCUAGAAAACAAAAUGAAAAUGCCAAUCGCCCUGAUAAUGUUCCACCUAAUCAGGGUGGUAAGUAUGGAGGAUUUGGUUAUCAAAUGGACCCACCACCUAGAAGCUCAUCACAAGAAUUUUUUGACACUGCAGUUUCUUCAUUAGCAAGUGGAUGGUCAAUGUUUUCUUCAUCUGCAUCAAAGAUAGCAAGUAAAGCUACAGAAAAUGCUAUUAGAAUUGGAGAACUAGCAACACAGAAGGUUCGUGAGGGUACUUUGUUGGAAGAUGUUGGAGCUCAGGUUAAUAGUUUAGCUGCAAAGGUUGGAGAUUUGGGAAGAAAAGGAUGGGGUGAUAUUGGAGGAACAAAUUCGAUUGAACAAAAUCUAUAUAAUUCAAAACAAAAUUAUCAGAGUUCUUCUUCUGUUUAUCAAAAUAGUGAAGUCCAAUCAUAUUCUACUGAAAAAACAUCUUUAAUGAAAACAUCACAGUCAAAAACUAAUGUAUCACCUACAAAUUCUUCCAAUUGUGAGUGGGAUUGGGGUAGUGAUACAAAACAAAGUAAUGAAAAGAUAACAGACAUUAAACCAACUAUGAGGAAAUCUAAAGACAAAGUAAAGGAAGAAGCUUUAAUCAACUUUGGUACUGAUAAUCAUACACCUAGUUGGGAUCCAAAAUUGGAGGAUGACGCAUGGGAAAUAUUAAAAAAUUAAUCAUUAUUGAAUAAUUAGGUAAUUCUUAUCGAAGUUCAAGAUCUUCAAAUGAUUUCUCUAUCAUAUAGAUUUUGAAUUCAUAUAAUGUAAUAUAAUGACAAUUAUUAAAGUGAAAAUAUUUUUAUUCAA